GCUUAAUCCCCAGCCCGGUGGGUAAAAUGGAAAAAAUGGGGGAAAUGGGUGGGUAGUGGGGAAAAUGGGUAUGAAGGGUUAUAGUGAGGUGGUGGGCCACCACCACCAUUGCGGGAGGUUUAUUUUCCCUGUUUUGUUCUGAUCUUACUGUUUAUUAAAUAAACCACUCGAUUUUUUGUUUUGCCGGUAAGUUAAUUAAUUGUCAAUUUAGUAACCAUCCUUCCUUUCGUUGCAUUGCACAUUCUGAAGUUUAACCUGCAACAUGUCGAGAAAAAAGAAUGUGCUUACUGACUCACAGAUUCAAGAAAUUCUGGAUCUUGACAGUGAUAGCGACAAAACCACAGAAUCUGAUUAUGAUCGUGAACUUAAAUAUGGGUCAACUAUCCAAGAUAAUCUGGCCCAUGAAGAAGGAAAUGCAAACGAUUUCGAAGACAGCAAUAUGGACACGGAUUCCUUCGUGUCACGAGAUGAUCAAUUUAACGAGCAACCCAGCACUGAUACAAACUCAGCUCCAGUGGUGUCAUCUCCCAUGCAACAUAAUCUUGAAAUAACAUUCAUCGACAUAUCCAGUCCAUCUCAGAAAGUAGGCAGAAAUAAGUCUUUAGUGUGGGACUGUUUCGAAACAAAGCAAGUCAACGGAAAAAUUAUAAGCAACAAGUGCAAAAUUUGCAAGGAAGAAGUAAGCGCUAAAGUAGAGCGAAUGAAGAAACAUUAUGAAAAAUGCUCGAAGAAAGAAAUGAAGAGAGCUGUACCAAUGUCACUCCACAGUGCAACAGAGUCAGCUGCAGCAAAUUGUUCGCCAUCGUCUUCUACAACCUUUCUGAAGCACCCAAAAAUCUAAAGUUUCGUAGCAAGCCUGGCAAAAAAUAAAUCGGAAGAAAUAACAUUACACUUAGGAAAAUUUCUUUACGCCACCAACUCGACAUUUCAUAUGGUUGAAAAUCCAGAUGUGAUGUUUAUUUGUUUAUGUUUAUUUGAUGUUUGUG